GACGGUGGCGCAGACGUGAAUAAAGUGGGUGUUCGUGUGUGUCCGCUUUUACGUUUUGUUUAAAAUUACUUUUGGUGGUAGUUAGCAGGGAAAUAGCUUCAAGGCUAACCUGGAGUGUAGGUUGAGUCCCAAUAGUAGUUUAGCAUUUCUGCUUAACCCCGCCCUUGCUGAGUUUUAAUUGGUUGGUGUUUGCUGGAGUCAUGUGUCGUCACCUUCGUCGAGCCCUCUGAUUGGCUGCAGAAGCCGUCCAUCAUCUUUUCACCACUUGUUGCUAGGGAGAUUGUUUGAUGCUACCAGCGGCGCUACCUGUCACUUUUCGGGGUAAACAGAAGCGCAACUUAUCUCUCAAACCGACAUUUAGAGCGACUUUAAGCUUCACGGUGAAGCAGUUUCGAGCGUUUGAUGGCAGAGGCGGGCGUCUGAAUCCAUGAAGUAGCGUGCGGCUCACGUCAUAAGGACGGAGAUAGGCGCAGCUGUGGAGAGGAGGGAGGGACCGACCGAGCCGCCGCCGCCGAACCGACUCCCUCAUUCACCUUCAGCUGCGCCCACCACCAAGUAGUGUCCUGUCCAGGGCGGGGUGGUACCUCCAGAUCACGGCUCACCAUGUCUGACCCGCUGAAUCUGCGACAAUGAGAGGGCAGGGCAGUCCGCGGUGCGAGCCGACAUCACUUCUCUAGUGUUUGGGAGGAUGGAGUGGCUGCUAGCAGAUUCCCAUUAACAUGUGCUUGAUGCAAAUGUAGGACUGGGAGGAUGAGCUCCUCAUGAAGAACAAAGUGGAAACCUCAUCUGGAUCCUGUGGAGCUUUCUGAAACAGUCCUGCUGAAGACCCCGUCCCCUCACGGUCCUCAUCCACUUUUUGUGUUCAUGUAUCUGUCCCCAUCUUUUAGUGGUAGCACUGAAGUGUUGAUCCGAGAGAGUUGGCCCCUUUUUUGUUUUUAUUUUUUACUUUCACCUUUUGUUCCUUUGUAAAGAAAUGCUUUACCUGAAAAAGUACUUCACAGAGGGCCUGAUUCAGUUCACCAUCCUUCUGAGUCUCAUUGGGGUGCGGGUGGACGUUGACACCUAUCUGAGCAAUCAGCUGCCCCCGCUGAGAGAGAUCAUCCUGGGGCCGAGCUCAGCCUACACCCAGACACAGUUUCACAACCUGCGCAACACGCUGGACGGCUAUGGCAUCCAUCCAAAGAGUGUGGACCUGGACCACUUCUUCACCACUCGACGUCUGCUGAACCAGGUGCGCCAGCUGGAUCGCCUCUCCGUGCCCAGUACCGAGCUCAACACCUGGCUGGUGCAUCGGGACUCUGAGACUGUGGUGUCCGCCAGCAGCCAGUCCAGCCCCAGCAUCACCCUGGACAAUGGGGCCGGCCUAGAGGACGUUGACAACCCUGACGCUACCCCGGCCAUGAGGGGAGGAAGCGGAGCGCCUGAAUCCACGUACAACCUGAACGCAGCGGACAGCAGCCUGGGAGCCGUGGCCCCUGAGGGCAACCAGGAACAGGGCAACAGGGACAGCAAUGACGACCUGACCAAAGAGGACAUCGACUUGAUUGACAUCCUAUGGCGACAGGACAUCGACCUCGGCGCAGGCAGAGAAGUGUUCAACUACAGCAACCGUCAGAAGGAGAGCGAGGAGGAGAAGCCCAGCCCGCAGGACAGCAAGGAGGCCAGCGAGGAGCAGGAGAGCUGGAGGAAUGGCAUCAACCUCCAGGGAUCGGCGCCGGUGGACGGGGAGACCGGAGAGAGCAUCCCGGAGCAGCUCCAGAGCCUCGGCUCACAGACUUCACCGUCUCUCCAGGAAUGCCUGAGGCUCCUGGAGGCCACGUUCCCGUUCGGAGAAGAAGCUGAGUUCCCGGCCCGGGUCGUCACCUCAGAAGUGGCCGUCUCCAACGAGGACGUCCCGUCUACGUCUCAGGGCCUCGCCGCGGUUCCCGCCGCCGAGCCGCCGCUCGACCUGGAGCAGCAGUGGCAGGACAUCAUGGCCAUCAUGGAGCUCCAGGCGAUGGAGGUGAACAGCACGGCGCCGCUCCCUGGCUCCGCCGCCGGGACGCCGGAGUCCGGCGCCGCGGGGCAGUUUGGCCUGCCGGCCCGGCCGACGCCCAUCAACCAGGACGUGAGCCUCCACCAGGCGUCGCUCCCCAGCUGCAGCCAGGACUUCCCGCCGCCGUUCAACCCGCAGCUGGACUCGGCCGGCGCCCCGCAGAGGGCCCCCCUGCUCCGGCCGCCGUCCGGCAACUCCUCCAACGUCAACUCCACCUUCGGCGCCACCAACCUGACCGGGAUCUUCCUGCCGCCGCACGUGAACGGCUCGGCCAGCAACGCCACGGCGGCGGCGGCGGUCCUGGCCGACCCGUUCGGCAGCCUGCUGGAGGAGGCCAUGCUGGACGAGAUCAGCCUGCUGGACCUCGCCAUGGAGGAGGGCUUCAGCCAGGCGCAGGCGUCGCAGCUGGAGGACGAGCUCGACUCCGACUCCGGCCUGUCCCUGGACUCCAGCCGCAGCCCGGCGUCCCCCAGCAGCUCCGAGACGUCCUGCUCCUCCGCCGCCUCCUCCUCCUCCACCUCCGCCACCUUCUCGGAGGAAGGCGCCGUGGGCUACAGCACCGACUCGGAGGUGGCGGCCGCCGAGCCCGAGGAGGGCGCCGUGGGCGGCUACCAGCCCGGCUACAGCAAGCUGUGCCGCAUGAGCUUCCAGGACCCCACGCAGUUCCACGGCCUGCCGCAGCUGGACGGCGUCGGCCACAACCACACCUACAACCUGCCGCUGGCCUCCGCCUUCCCCGAGCGCCCCGAGCUGCCGCUGGCCGCCGGCAAGAAGGCGGCGCGCGACAAGCAGGGCGCCAAGUUCCAGCCCCCCCAGGACUUCCUGGACAAGCACUCCAGCCGCGACGAGCGCCGCGCCCGCGCCAUGAAGAUCCCCUUCUCCAACGACAAGAUCAUCAACCUGCCGGUGGAGGAGUUCAACGAGCUGCUGGCCAAGCACCACCUGAGCGAGGCGCAGCUGGCGCUCAUCCGCGACAUCCGGCGCCGCGGCAAGAACAAGCUGGCGGCGCAGAACUGCCGCAAGCGCAAGCUGGACACUAUCAUCAACCUGGAGCAGGGCGUGCAGGACCUGCGGCGCGACAAGGCGCGGCUGCUGAAGGAGAAGAUGGAGUUCCUGCGCUCCAUCCGCCAGAUGAAGCAGAAGAUGCAGAGCCUGUACCAGGAGGUGUUCGCCCAGCUGCGGGACGAGGAGGGCCGGCCCUACCCCCCCAGCCAGUACUCGCUGCAGUACGGCGCCGACGGCAGCGUGCUCGUCACGCCGCGCGGCGCCGCGGCCGCCGAGCAGGGCCGCAAGCCCGAGAAAAAACAGAAGGACAAGAAGAAGUGAGGGCGGGACCGGCUGCAGUUUAUUCUAUCACUUUGCUAAAAUCAAUAAGAAAGAUUUCUGCAGAUGCAAGAGAGAUGUCCUUUUUUCCUUUAAGAAGAUUCUGGUGAGUAGAGAAAUGGCGUUUGACUACUCUUCCUGCGUUAGUUUCUCCUUUUUCAUUCUGUUCCUACAUUUUCUUACCUGGAAACAACUUUGAAGCAGAAGCGGCUCCUCGUUCCGGCGAGGAGAGGAGGGAAACGAAAAGGACACAACGUGAGCUAUUAGAGAAAACAAUUAGCCGCUCUUGAUCCUUUUGCGCCAAACCACCGAGGAGGAGGGUGGAGGAGGAGGACGGAGGAGGUCCGUGGACGGUUGGAGGAGCUCUGCCCCGAUCGGAUCGCUGAGGGAUUCCUCUGGUCACGGAGGCUUUUCCGUUUCAGGACGGCGUCUGGGUGCGCUGGAGGGCGGAGUCGACCACAGGCGACCAGGAGGGCCUCCGCUUUGAGGAUGCCGUUGACACCAGUACGAACCAGAGGCUGGGCGGAGCUCCUGGUCCGGCUGGGCGGCGCCCUGGAGGGGUGGGGUACGUGGGAGGACGGUGGCGAGCGUCCCGGGCCGGCCGCCGCUGAAAAGAGGCCCGGGAGGUCCUGCGGAGGAUGUUUUCAGGAGGAGGCACACUGCAUUGCAAAAUGUAUCAACUCCCUUAUAAAUUAUACAUAGCACUGUAAUUUGUCCUUAAGAGGCUUGGCUGUUUGCAUUCUGCUGUCUGUCGCUGUUCCUUCGCUGCAGGUUUAACUCCGGGAGCUGCGUCUAGGAAGGCUCUAAUUAACUGUUCAUAAUCUGUAGUAUAAGCAAGGUUAGAGGAUUUUAGCCACAUCAGCUUCACUUUAAACAAGCCCACUCUCUCUCCGUUCAUCUGAAGACUCUUUAAGCAGCGGCUGGAGGAGCAGGAAUCCCUCCUCGUCACCGAUUUGCCAACGAGACUCGCCUGCAUGAGGAGCGACCAGCGCCGCGUUCAGGGAAACAGCCACAGAGGAGGAAACCUGUCAUCUGCAUUUUGAGAAUGGACUGACAAUUAUGUUGGAACAUCAAGAUUAAAGAUUGUAAUUACAGAUUACUAAUACAAAGUGAAUGACCGAAUGUUAAAAAACUUAAUGAAGCUUCAACCUCAUUUGGAAUCGUCAAAGUUAAAAGUCAAAGACAUUGUGAAUUUCUGAUUAUAAAUAAGUUGAAAUAGAAAAGUGAAUUAAACAUUUUGAAUUGGAUUACGAUUUAUUAGUAAAAGUGAAAUCAAAAUGGAAAAAAGUCAGACGGCUGAAGUUGAAAAAAAAUUAAAUAUGUUGGAAAAACCCUCAGAUUAGGAAUAAAAACAGAAAAACCAAAUAUUCUGGAGAUAAGAGGAAAUGUAAUUAUUUAAGGCAAAAUAAAAUGAGUAAAGUGAAGUAAAUUAAAAAGAAGGGAAACAUGAAAACAGGCGGUUUGAAACGAAGGCAAAAUGUGGCUGAAGUGAAAAUGUUGAAGUUACCAAAGGGAAACCUGUCGGGAUGUGUUCAGAGGUUCAAAAAAUGUUUUAGGUUAAAGGUUAAAAAAAAAAGUUCAUCUUAAAAACCAGGAAUAAAGUUAAGAUUUUCAAAAGCAAGUUGGAAACUUUAAGUUCAGAUUUUUUUUUCCUAAAUUAGUUUUUAUUCAUUGAAAUAGAGACGUUAGGUGUUUACAUUGAAAAACAAGAAAUAUGUGGAAUAAAGCCAAAGUUGAUGCAGGUUGUGUUGUAGGAAGAAGUGACGAUAUGGCGUGUUUGUUAAAGCUGCAGUAUUUAUUCCUUUUAUCGUGAAGAGUUCGGUUUGCUGACGAGAUGAGCUCGCGCCGACAUCCUUCCUGUAGUACCGCUUCGUACCAGCAGGCGGUGAAGCGAGUCACUUUCAUUUGCGAAGUCCUUCCUCUGUGGUUUUUCCUGAACGUUUCACUCCGGACCUCCGGACAGGUGAAGCCCAGCAGAGGCUUUUGUUUGUUUUUUAACUGAAGUGCUGUAAAGUCGCGCCGUCGGCUUCGAUUCUCACUUUUGUUUCACCGUUUUUAUUUUUCCCUCCUGAAGCGGCGGAUCAGUCACACUUCGAUGUGAAUGCCUUCAUUUUACAACCACAGUAUCUUCACUUUUAAGAUUUUUGGGAACCGAGUUAGAAGAAGAAAAGAGAAGAAAAAAAAUAAUCACCACGUUCUCAAAGUAGAAGUGCUAUUAUCGUCUCUGAAUGAAGUGUGUGUCCGUGUGUCGUUUCACCUGCCGUGGGAACCGAGGGGGCGGCGAGCGCGGAGGAAGUCCUCGUCCAGCCCGGUUAGCGUUCACUCCGGUGUAACUCAGCACUGCUAUACUUCGUGCACUUUCUCCCGUCCGUCUGCUUCCUUUCUGUAAAUAUUUCCAUGUGGGUUUUGAUUUGUGUCGUCCGUCUCCAUAACCAGUCUGACCCGGGCUUUCAGUUUGGAUGUAGUUUCCAGAUAUUUGCUGGCAAUCAAGAAUUGUUUUUAUUGAUUAAUAAAGUGUUUUUAUUUUCACCUGU